CGCUACAGAGGCUACACUGGUCGUGUUUGAGCGGUAUAUUGCGCUGUCGCACAGGUUAAUUCUAAACUACCAUCUACAAUUUAUUGAUGCUGGCUGCUAGUAAACAACUCCGAUUGUUCGUAUAAGCUUUAAAGAAAUGCUUUGCUGUUAUUAAAUGUAGUGUAAGCGAGGUAAUAAAAAUAUUGAUUUUCAGUUAUUUGCCGGUUACUGAGAGAAAAGGCUUGCAACAACAUUUUGUCCCUCCUUUAACUUUUGUCAUAUCUUUUUCACAAUUUAGUUGCGCUCUCUGAUGUCAUUGCAGAUGUUCCUGCUAAGUGAUUGAGACAUCUUCUGUACUUCCUGUUGCUCGCAACCCUUCAGCCAUCCAAUCUAGUCUCUACUUGGUGCUGUCAGCUCCACAGUCACACCCGGACCCAUUCGAGGGAUGCAGAGCGGUCUAGUUUGAGGACCUUAAAAUGGCACCAGGGCCUCCACCUUGACCAGGAUUACUCACUGAGAACCGGUUUAUGAUCCCUCACACUGCUCACUCAGCACACCUGUAACUACCUCCUCUCUGUUUUCUCCCCAUGGUCAAAGCACAGUUGUGUUUACCAAAGGUGGUGGCAGCCUUCUGUCAAGUAUUUUUGGCUCCCUUCCACCAACUUAAAAAUCUUUAAUUCCAUUUUUCCCACUAUAAACCUAGUUUAAAUAUGACUUCAGAUUGGGGAGAGAAAUCCUCAGCAGAGCUUAUGAGCAGGUAUGUCUCCAAGGAAAUGGGAUACAGGGUGCCCAGGGAAGGUUGGCGAAUCUGUUUGGCGCAUGAGUUCACGGAAAGGAGGAAGCCCUUUCAAGCAAAAGAUGUGUCGCUUUCUAAUGUCUGGGACCACAUUGGCCUUGGAAUCAGGUAUCUAAAAUGGUGGUACAAGAAGACUCAGGUGGAGAAGAAGGCUCCGUUCAUCGACAUGUUUCGCGCCCAGCCAUUGCAUCAAAUAUAUGGUGUUCCCCUUGGGGGCAUUGGAGGAGGAACCAUUACGAGAGGCUGGAGGGGGGAGUUCUGCAGAUGGCAGCUGAACCCUGGGAUGUACCACUACAAAACUGUCAUAGCUAACCAGUUCACGGUGUGUUUGCGUCGCGGAGGACAAACGGUUUACCAGCAGGUGCUGUCUGUGGAGCGCCCCCCCACGUUACAAGGCUGGAACUGGGGUUACUGUGGGGAGUAUGCCUUCUACCACGCGUUGUACCCUCGAGCCUGGACUGUUUAUCACCUGCCUGGACAGAACGUCACCCUCACCUGCAGGCAGAUUUCUCCCAUCAUCCCUCACGAUUACGAGGAUUCAAGUCUCCCAGUGGCAGUAUUUGUGUGGGACAUAGAGAACAAGAACGACUACGAUUUAGACGUGUCCAUCAUGUUUACAAUGCUCAACGGAUCAGGAAACAAGGACGAUAAGAGCGGAGGCCAUUGGAAUGAACCUUUCCAUCUGGAAAAGGAUGGGGAGGUGGUGUCUGGAGUCCUGAUGCAUCACUGCACUCCAGUGAACCCUUACACCCUGUGUAUCGCAGCCCGAGAGCAGGCUGACAGGGAGGUGAGUCACCAGACGGCUUUCAGUCCAAAGGGAACCUGUAAUGGUCUGUGGAGCGACCUGAUCACAGACGGACGGCUGGACUCUCCGACAGGAUCCAGCCCGCCAACACCAAAGGGAGAAAAAGUAGCCGCUGCCUUAGCUGUGGGCUGCCUGGUACCCGCUCAGAAGAGUAACAGCUUGGAGUUCUGCUUGGCCUGGGAUAUGCCCAAGAUAAGCUUUGGGUCAAGAGAGAGGGAACAUAUCAGGAGAUACACUCGUUUCUUUGGGACUAAAGGGGAUGCGUCCCCCUCGCUGAGUCAUUACGCACUAACGCACUACAAGCAGUGGGAGAGACGCAUGGAGGAGUGGCAGGAACCCAUAACACAGGACAGCUCUCUUCCCUCCUGGUACAAGUCUGCUCUGUUUAACGAGCUGUACUUCGUGGCUGACGGGGGAACCGUGUGGUUAGAGCUAUUAGAGGACGAUGAUGUCAGCGGUGGCGUGCGCAGCGAGGACGGGGGUUUGCCGGCUCAGCCUGCUGUUGUCAAGGAAUACGGACGUUUUGCUUACCUUGAAGGUCAAGAAUACAGAAUGUACAACACGUAUGACGUGCACUUCUACGCCUCCUUUGCUCUCAUCAUGCUGUGGCCCAAGCUAGCCCUGAGUGUUCAGUAUGAUAUCGCUGGCAGUGUGGUUCAGCAGGACCUGACAGAGAGGCUCCAUCUGAUGAACGGACGAUACUCUGCUGUCAAGACCAAAAACGUGGUGCCUCAUGACUUAGGAGACCCAGACGACGAGCCGUGGCAGCGGGUGAACGCCUACCUCAUCCACGACACCGCAGACUGGAAGGACCUGAACCUGAAGUUUGUCCUGCAGGUCUACAGGGACUUUCAUCUCACACAUGACAGGCAGUAUCUGCAGGACAUGUGGCCCAUCUGCCAGGCUGUGAUGCAGUCAGAGCUGAAGUUUGAUCAGGAUGGCGAUGGGCUGAUAGAGAACUCAGGAUACGCAGAUCAGACGUAUGACGGCUGGACGGUGACUGGACCGAGUGCAUACUGUGGUGGGCUGUGGUUGGCGUCCCUGUGUGUGAUGUGUAAAAUGGCCAGACUGCUGGACAACGAGCAGGAACACGGGCAUUACAAAGACAUCUUGGACAGAGGCUGCGCUGCUUUUGACAAAUUGCUGUGGAACGGCAAAUACUACAACUAUGACAGCAGUGGGAGAGAGCUAUCUAACAGUGUCAUGUCUGAUCAGUGUGCUGGACACUGGUUCCUCUGUGCCUCAGGGCUGGGAGAAGGAGAAUUCCGGGUUUUCCCAAAGGAAAAGAUCCAGAGUGCAUUAAAAUCCGUCUUUAACUUAAAUGUUAUGAGCUUUGCUCAAGGGCAGAUGGGGGCAGUCAACGGCAUGCGUCCUGAAGGAACGCCCGACCGCUCCAGCGUCCAAUCAGAUGAGGUCUGGGUUGGAGUGGUGUAUGGACUGGCUGCCACCAUGAUCCAUGAGGGUAUGCUGGAGGAGGGAAUGCGCACGGCGGAGGGUUGUUACAGGACCGUUUGGGAACGUCUUGGCAUGGCCUUUCAGACUCCAGAAGCCUAUUGUGAGAAGAACAUCUAUCGCUCUCUGGCCUACAUGAGGCCUCUCAGUGUUUGGGCCAUCCAGCUCGCCCUGAACAUGUCGCAGAAAGAUCACACUACAAAUGGAGACGGAACCAGAGCCUGAACCAUUAGGGGGUGUAAGUGCAGACAGCGGGUCAUCUGCACCACCUGUCUCACUAUUUAUUUGUCCAGAUGUUUUCUGUGAUUUGGUCAGAGAUUUGGCACGUGACAUUGUUGCUAGCUAAUUAUAAAGCUGUUAUUUUUGUAGGAAUCAUAUUAAAGGCAUACUAAGCAACUUUCUCAUAUUUUUAAUUCAUUUUCUUGAGCCAGUAUGUGGUAAAAUGACACUUUACAAGGGUAAUGAAAUGUCACUCAUACCACACUUGCAACUUCAGAGUCUCCGGACCAGUCCCCUUACGUCUUACAAGAUCACGCUAUACAGAAAUCCAUGUUUACACCUCAGAACAGAAGAGCUAUACCGGGUUAGCAUUUAUUGUAACGUGUUUAUCACGAUGGAGCCUCAGAAGAACAAGAACAUUUAUCUGAUGAAGAUAAAAAAAAUAAAACAAUCGUCCGACCACAACAGAAAUCAAACGAGAGUCAACAUUAGGAAUUUUUGUGAGAGCUCAGAGACAUGAGUCUUGCAUGUUUUAGAUCACCAACACUUGAUUAGUUUGAUUUAGUGAAGAUCCGCUCCUGUAGAAACUAAUGAAGGUUGAGUAGACAUGGCAGCAGUUGGAUUGAGGUGAUAAAAACACGAACGCUCAGCAAGGAGGGUUUCAGUUUUGUUUUUAUGACCGUGAAUUAAAACUGACACUGGGGGGGGGGGG